UGGAGGUGUCUAUGGGAUUUAGAAGCCCAAAGGCACUGAUUUAGUAUCCAAAGCGUAGCGAGGGUACUACAAGUGGCUGAGGGCUUCUAAAUCACAUGGACACCGACAAAACAGUGUCUAACUCAUUUAGAUACUAGUGCGCAUGCGCAAAUUAACCGCUUGACUACAAUACAAUUACUUGACAACGGAAUACUAGGUAUACUAAGUAAGUUGCAGGUAUACUAAGUCCCAUAGAAUACUAGCCUCCUUCACCGGCCUUCAUAGAAAAGAAGGCCUGCUAUCGACUGCUUGCGCAUGCGCCAAAUUAUUGGAUAUUUUUUCCCGUAAAAUUUCCUAUAAUACUGGAUUCAUCAGAGAAAAUAUCUUAAAAGUCAUACACAGAGCUAUAUAGCUAGCUAGCUAGAGACAGAGCUGUGUAGGUUUGUUGUACAGCUAUUUUCUUCUGAUAGAAUCAGUAGCAGUAGUAUAGUAGACUUUCACCAAAGCAAAUGGGCGUGGCCUGUCCAUAUAAGCUCUUGUCAGCUUUCACUCCGUUCAGACGAUUGUCAUCCACACUGUUGCAGGCUGUAAGUGUUUGUUAACAUAGCAGGCUAAGGGUAGCUAUCAGAGAAUGCUAUCCGAUGGGCUAGAAACCUUCAAUCGAACUUUCUAUCUACUUCCUUCAAUCCACUUCCGUUUGUUGUGAUGUCAUAGUUUUACUGAGCAUAUACGAUGUUAUCCAAAGCCCCCAGAUACCGGGGGGAUAUUAGCGCAUGCGCAAGCAGUCGAUACCAGGCAGAAGUGGAAAGUGCAGCCUGGGAUCGAGGCUAAUAGAAUACCUGCUCUGAGCACUUUUCCCAUGUACUUCCCAUGUAGAUCUUAUCUACUAGUGUCUAUAAUGUCUAUAAUUUUAUAGAUACUUUCUUUUGCAACUACACACGUAGUCACGCACCCUUAUGUAUGAUUGUACUGCAUGUUAUAGUUGUAAAACAGUAUCCUUGCAUAGUAACCAUAUAUUAAUGGAGAACUCAAUAGAUUAUGUGACCACUUCGACAAUACAUGGAUUUCAAUGUAGCUAACUGUAAUCAUGGAAGUAAGUUCAAACUUAUUUUUGUCCAGUGUGUAAUCAGGUUUGUUAACUACAACACAGUAUACCUUUAGACGUAACAGUUAUUUACUACUCAAUAGUCUUCCAAUGUCUGUAAUGCCUUCACAUUCGGUAUACUGAUGGUGCGGAGGUGAAUUUCCAGGACAGUUAUUUCUAAUGUCCUAGGGAGAGUUGUUAUGUAGUACAUAUCAUGUCGAAAGCUAACCCACCAAAACUAUAUACCAUACCGGCGCAAAUCGGUGGGCGUAUUUUCACAAGAUUACGAAUAUGAUCACACCAAAUCAUGGAUGGGGGUGUAGUGUAUGUGUAACAGUAAAAUUGUUAAAUUGUUGUAGGGGGUGAAAUGUAACCAAUGAAGUUUAUUUUCAGAGUAGAAAAGGUUUCAACAUUAACUGUGAUGACAUAAGAUAAACAAUGUAUAUAUAGUCGUAGCUUUAUUGUAUGUGUAUAAGAUGAAUGCCUGCAUGAAAUAAAAGUGCCAGUAACGUACCUUUUGUAGCUAAGAGUGUGAAGUAUAGCCUUCAAAAUGUGGAUGAGGUGUUUCAAUUCAAAGGCAGCUGCUCUUGUCCUAUUGUGGUCUCUGUGUUCGUGCAUUUCACUAUGGUCCACUGAUGCGAUGAUGCAUCCUGUCUACCACGGACUGAGGAUGAAGCUAAAUGAUACUUUGCUGUUUGUUACAACCAGUUCCAUUCCAUUGGUGGUGCUUGUGAUUUCAAUUCCUCUAUCCGGAUGGCUUGCUGACUCACGAUUCGGGAAUUUUAAGGUAUUCAAAGCUGGUGCUAUUUUGAUGUUUGUGGGGAGUAUUUUGGUUAGCAUUUGUACGUUGGCAGUUAUAAAUCAACCAAUAAAAAGCCAAGCAUCUCUGAUUAUCAGUGCAACUCUCGGUCCAUUCUCAAACUUUAUUAGCUUCAUUGGUGGAGGCGCUUGUUUGGUGACAGUGUUUCAGCUUGGUUUGGAUCAAAUGCCUGAUGCAUCUUCACAGAAUAUUAUGAGCUACAUUGCUUGGUAUUGCAUAACUCUCUUCUUUGGGUUUUGGAUGAGUAACAUGGUGUGCGAGGUUUUAACGAAUUGCACUAAUUAUACUUUAACCAUGCAAAUAGCUGGUCUUUUUCCAGUAUUGUGCAUGUGUGUAGUGCUCGUCUCACUAUUCAUGUUCAGUGAAAAAUGGUUGAUUAUUGAGCCAAAAUCAUCGCGUUCGCUGAGUAGCAUCUUUAAUAUUCUUAAGUUUGCAGCCAAACACAAGUCUCCCAUCCAUCGCAGUGCCCUAACUUACUGGGAGGAGAAGAUACCUUCUAGAAUAGACCUUGCAAAAUCAAGGUACGGUGGACCCUUUACACUGGAGCAAGUGGAAGAUGUAAAGAUUAUUCUGCGACUUCUGGUUGCUUUUAUCCCCAUAUGGAUCACUGCUUUUGGUAUAAGUGUGUAUGGCUCAAUGUUUCUGCUAACGAACCCACUUCACAUUCCAGAACUUGAAAAUGUUUCCACUUGUACAAACCAUGUUUUCUCAAAAUUCACAUACAACCCUUGGUGGUGUAGCGUUAUAACUGUAUUGUUCUUUGAGGUUGGGGUAACUCCUUGCCUGGGAAACAGAUUUCAUUUGAGUAUCCUGAAAAAAUUGGGUAUAUUACUCUUUGUCCUCGCUUUACUCAGCAUUACCUAUUCUGUGAUUGGUUUGUUGCACCCAGAUACUGAACUGUCAGUAUGGGCAUUCAUUGUGUACACCGCUCUAUCAAAUUCUUCUAUUGCACUUGUAAUUGAGUGUGCCAUUGAGUUUGUGUGUGCUCAAUCUCCAUACAGUAUGAGAGGACUGAUGACAGGCUUUGUUACCUUUACCAUAAUCGUAUUUUUGGCUUUCGGUUACACUCUGAGUUGGGCAUUCACGCAUCUUUGCUUUUCACGGUACUGUGCUAUCAGUCAAUAUUCCACCGGAGCACUGUUGAGUAUUGUUGGGCUCCUUCUUCAUCUUGUUGUCAUUCGUUGGUACAAGCAUCGGGUGAGGGACGAAGAAUACAACCUGCACCAUCAAGUGGAGCAAAUUUAUGAAAAAUAUGUUGCACAUAAUCGAUCAAUUUAACUAUAAUAAUGAUUAUGUACAUGUAUAUAUACAUUGUUGUGUACAUCUUCAUCACUCCAUGUAUAUGAAUGCAGAGAUGAACCAUGCAGAAACCAGAUUCUGCAUGCCCAUAUAACCACUUGCGGAUGUAAAACUGGCUAAGUGAGUCUACCGCCUGGUAUAACGUAGUCGGCACUCUAAAUAGAUUCCAGUGGCAGUUGAGGCUGAUGAUGUAUUUUCACCGUUCUUGUAAUUAAUGUUGUGGGGAAUUUCGUGGUGCCUUUACUGGACUUUUUACGGUACUUCCAGUGCAGGGCACCAUUUAUGACGUAUGCUUUAAAGCGUCAAUAGGGUUCAUGGAAUCCCAUCUAUAUAGU